AUGCUUCGCGCCCGUCGUUACCGAGCGCAUCUCGUAUUCGCCGCGGUCUUUCUCCUGGCUUUGCUUCAUUUCACUCGGUCGCGCGAUUGGUCGGACUCGGUCAUUCUCGAGUCUCCGGAGGAUAAACCGCCGCUUCCCUAUCCCAAUGCUAAGCCAGACCAGUCAACGCCGCCAUCGAAACCCCCCGCCAACAACGAUGCCUCCAAAUACACCCCGUUCGUGCCCCACGACAGCUCCCCCGGAUCGACAUUAUCUACCGAGGAACUCCAGAAGCCGAAGGAGCCUGUCGUACCAAGCACCCCGGUGAAUGCAGAAAAUAAAGACCAAAUCGCAGACGACUCGUCUAGCAAGAGUAAAGAGCCAUUAUCAAUUUCCUCGAACAAAUACGGCGGCGACUCAAGCCCAGACACGAGCGACGAUAAGCGACCAUCCUCCUCCUCAUACUACACAGAGGGAUCGCAAUCUUCGCAGAUUCCUGCUCCCAAGUUGGAGUCGUUGUCGGACGAAGCCGCUGAAGAUGAUGCACGCUACAAGUCAACACUCCCCACCAUCACAGCCGAGAACACGACGCCGCAUUGGAAGAAAUUCCCUGAGAAAUACCCCGUUUCGCCGGCCAAUCUGAUCAAGCUGCCCAAGGGCCCGAGCAUAUCCAUCCCGAAACUCCAGGCCAAGUUCAAGGAUGAGUCGACGGUCGAUAAGCAAGAGCGGCUGCAGCAGUUAAGUGCAGUCAAGGCAGAGUUCGUGCAUGCAUGGCAGGGAUACAAAAAGUACGCCAUGGGUGAGGAUGAGCUCAUGCCACUGACUGCGCAGGCAAAGAACCCAUUCAUGGGCUGGGGCGCGACACUGGUAGACUCCCUCGACUCGCUUUGGAUCAUGGAUUUGAAGGAUGAGUUCUCAGCGGCCGUGGAUGAGAUCAAGAAGAUUGACUUCACGACCUCCUCCUUCCGAAACGAUAUUCCCGUCUUUGAGACCGUGAUCCGCUAUUUGGGAGGCUUGCUGGGAGCAUAUGAUAUCUCUGGACAACGCCACUCCGAAUUGCUGGACAAGGCCGAGGAGUUGGCGGAAAUUCUAAUCGACAUCUUUGACACGCCGAACCGCAUGCCUGAAUUAUAUUACAGCUGGGGCUCUAGCGAGAAACACCGUGCCCACGCGGCUUCAAUGACCUCCGGUUUGGCGGAGAUUGGGUCUCUUUCCAUGGAAUUUACCCGUUUGGCACAAUUAACCAAGCAGGACAAGUACUACGAUGCGAUUGCCCGUAUUACCAAUCAGCUGGAGGCUCUGCAAGAUUCUACCAGCAUUCCCGGCCUGUGGCCCAUGCGAGUCAACGCCCGGGGCUGUGCUACAACUGCUGCUACCAAUGUUGGUCUUGGUAAUCCCACGAAGGGGUCGCCCUCACAUUCGAAGCGCUCGAUGAACACUACUAGUGAUCUCGAGUACCCCGGCAGCAUGGAGCUGAAACGGGAGGCUGAUCUUGACUUGGAAGCUGCGGAACCUGCUACCUACAACCAUGGCCCGGGCGGCUCGAACAGCGGUGCAAACUAUGGUGGAACUAGCAGUGCAUGGGAGUCCAGCAGUGCUGGUGCCUCGACUUCCGAACCCAAAGAAAAGGACAAGUGCGAUCUUGGUCUGCAGAUGCCCUCAUUUGCUCGUGACAACAAGUACACACUGGGCGGCAUGGCCGACUCGACUUACGAAUAUCUGCCCAAGCAGUUCCUCUUGUUAGGAGGCAUAAACGACCAAUAUAAGAAGAUGGGGGCUCGUGAUAUUCGUUUCGCCGCGUCCACCGGGCCACUGGCCCUGUUGAACAAGGAGGGUCCCAUGCCCAAGGACCUUAUCCAUGAAGGCGCACAUUUAACAUGUUUCAUUGGUGGCAUGGUUGCUGUUGGUGCCAAGAUCUUCGACCUCAAAAGCGACAUGGAGCUUGCGUAUAAGCUAACCGAUGGCUGUGUGUGGGCAUAUGAAUCGACUGCGAGUGGCAUCAUGCCCGAGACUUUUAGGAUGAAGCCUUGCGGUGGAGAGAUACCCUGUGACUGGGAUGAAGCCCAUUACGCUAGCCCUUCCCUGGCUGACCAUUCUGAUUAUCGCGAUUCAGAGGCCGCAGCUCAAUUCCGUAGUGGCGAGAGCACUUACGGAGAGCGCGUGAAGCUGAACGCCGCAAGCCGUCCGUCAAAACCUGCUAUUGCCGAAGAUAUUUCUGUGCCUCUUCCCAUGCCAGGAUCGCUGAACCCUCAUGAUGACGGCCUUUCCUGGAAGCGCGAUCUGUCAAACCUUGGUGUAGCCCCAACAUCAGCCGCCCAACCUGUUGCCAAACCCACGCCUACCCACCGCGCAAGUGACGCGGAUAGUCUCUUAAACAGGGACACCACAGGCGUCCCGGGUACCGCCCCGGCAAACGCCCCCUCACGAACCAGUGUUUACGAUCGUUUCCCGCCUGGUAUGGUCAGUAUUAACAGCCCUAGCUACUACCUACGCCCCGAGGCAAUCGAAUCUGUCUUCAUCAUGUACCGAUUGACUGGUGACAAAUAUUGGCGCCAAAAGGGUUGGAAGAUGUUCCAGUCAGUCGUGAAGCAUACCCACACCGAGCAUGGCAACGCAGCCAUCAACGACGUCACGUCUCAGAAACCUCUGCAAAAGAAUUCAAUGGAGUCAUUCUGGCUCGCUGAGACGCUCAAAUACUUCUACCUCCUCUUUGCGGACCCUACCGUGCUCGACCUUGAUAAAUACGUCCUCAAUACCGAGGCACACCCUUUCUUGCGCCCGAUUUCAUGA